UAGUUGUAGUUUCUGGGUCACCUUCAAAGGUAGCCCCACGUAGAGCGCAUUGCAGGCGCAUUGGCUGCCUGAUUUCAUCCCUGUAUUUGUUGAAUCCUGGCAAUACUUUUGAGGCGAGUAAACCUUAUAUUUUUAUUGUUUACUUAAACGGAAUGAGAGCGAUUUCUUGGUUAAGAGGGAAACAUAAAAAGGGAGAAGGUCAUUCAAGUCUGCCUAAGCAUCCUUGGAGGUCAUAAUUGUUUUCAAAGAUUAUCCUAAAAUAAGUUGUGCGUGGAAGGAGAUUUGCAGCUCCUCAAAGGCACUUUGGGUGGAAAUCUCAGAGGAUGACCAUUCCCUCACUGUCUGCCUCCAGGGUGAGCAUUUUCCUCACUUUGGAAAGGGGCCUUAUUGCCCAGAAUUGGGUUUGCUUUUUGUGAGCUGAAGAAAAAUGUGCGGGGAACUUUCGGGAAGGCACUCUGCACAUGCUUGCAAACAUUCGGAAUCUCCCCAGGUCUGCCACAGAACACCUCCCUUGGCUCAAGUGCUGAAAUGUAUUUUGGGAGCUGAUGAUAAAAGAAGCCAGAAGCAGCAGGCAGGCAGGCAGUGUCUGCCAAGAGGACUAUUUAUAAGCCCUGAGUCAGGCCUGGGUCCUGCAAGCACACAGCUCUCCAAGGGCAGAAGACCCCCAGCCGCUGUCUCCGCUGCCAGCAGUCGAAGGCGCUGAAGGAGAGCCGUCUCUCUCAGAGGAAGCUCAUGUCAAGGUCCCUCCCCUCCUCGUCUUCCUCCUCCAGGGCCUCCAGGUGGCGUUCCUUGGGGCUGGAUGCGGAGCUGAGAUGGAGGUGGGAGGGUGCCAAGAGCCACGUCUCCUGCCAAGGCCCAGUGGCCUCCUGGGGCAGGAGGACCUACAAAGAGCCGCCCUCAGAGUGCAGGGACAUGGUGGUCCAGAACGCCCUCUACACGGGGGACCUGGACGGGGUGCAGAGGCACUUCUCAGAGCGCGCCGAGGUCAACCUGGUCAUCCACUCCAAGAGCCAAGAUCUGCGCUGGACCAGCCAGAAAUGGGGGCUCUGGUCGCUGACCUACGAGCAGGAGCUGACCACCCCGCUGCACAUCACGGCCAGCCGCGGCUACCUGGAGUGCCUGCGCCACUUGCUGCUCCGCGGGGCGGACGUGGACCUGGCGCCGGGCGGCCGGACUGCGCUGCACGAGGCGUGCGCGGCGGCCACGACGGACUGCGUGCGGCUCCUGCUCUCCUUCGGCGCUGACCCCCUGGCCGUCUCGGAAGGAGGGCUCCAGCCGCUUCACCUGUGCCGGAGCCCCGCCUCCCUCGAGUGCGCUCGGCUGCUGCUGUGCCACGGGGCGCGGGUGAACUGCGUCUCGGAGGAGGAGGAGGACACGCCGCUUCACCUGGCGGCGCGGCUGGGCCUGGCGGGCCACGUGCGCCUCUUCCUGAGCUACGGCGCCAGCCUGGAGGCGCGCAACGCCGAGGGGCAGACCCCGCUGAACGCCGCCUGCGCCCAGGCGCACCCUCCGGAGGCGCUGGGCGACUGCUACGAGGUGUGCCGGCAGCUGGUGGAGGCGGGCGCCAGCGUGGACGCCCCCGACGCGGACCGGCAGCGGCCGCUGCACCAGGCCUGCAAGGCCGCCAACCCCCGCGUGGUGGCGCUGCUCCUCGCCCGCGGCGCCAACGUCAACAUCAUGAGCUACAGCGGCAACACGGCGCUGCACAACAUCCUCCAGGUGGCCGCCUACAAGCUGGAGCACCGGCCCGAGCUGGUGGUGCGAGACCUGCUCAACCACGGCGCCGUCCGCGUCUGGCCCGGAGCCCUCCUCAAGGUCUUGCGCCACUGCUGCGCCUCCCCGCGCACUGUCGAGGCCCUCAUCAACUGUUACCCGCGCGUGCCCGUCACGGAGGAUUGGGCCGAGGCUGUGCCCGCCGAGCUGGUGCAGCAACACCCGCGCCUCUUCCAGUCGCUCUUCGCCCUGGGCCGGGGUCCGCGCGCCCUGCAGCACUUGGCGCGCUGCGCGAUCCGGAACCACCUCGAGGACCGCCUGAUCCGCGCCCUGCCGGAGCUGCCCCUGCCGCCGGCCUUGCGCGACUUCGUGCUGCUCCGUUUCGAAGACGUCCUGUACUAGGCGGGGAGAGGGGCAGGCUGGCUCACUCCCGGAAGUCAGGAGGCGGGGGCAGGCGCACUCCGAGGUGCGCAGCAGCUGAAGCCUCGGGGUGGGUCAGCGGGUGGGGCUGGAGUCCGCUCCCCCAGCGCAAAGGCUCCUUGCGGGUCCGUCCCGUCGAAGCGGGCAGCCCAGGCGACCGAGGCAACCGCCUGCAGCUGCUCCAGGCCACCGGCAGAGGGCGCUGGAGGCAGCGCAAUGCCCGAACUAAACUGCCGGGAAACUUUUCCAGAAGUCCAACUUGCCAACGCCGUUUUGGGCUCAGGAACCGGGAGGCUUCCUGGGCCGCGGGCGGGGGCUUCGCUAAGGAGCGCUGCGUGGCCCCCUCGCGUGUAUUAAAUUGGCUUAGACCAAUACUGUGGCUAAUACGUUGAUUUGAGCACCAGCCGCAGAUUCGCGUUCUUGAGAUGCGCUUUCUCACGUCUCUCCAUUGCUCCGCUUGCAAUAAUUAUUUCCCCCGUCGUCCCCUCUCCUCCCCAAUUGCAGGGUUGCCUCCUCUCAGGCGGCAGAAGCGCCACCGGACCCACGGGGGCUUCUGAGCCGCCUCCCGAAAGGUGAGGCUCCCCGAAGGGGCGACGCCAGGGGGCGCAGCUCCAGGACUCUGCUCCCAGCCGGAGCGAUGACGUCAUUCACCGGAGCGCCAGAAUAACUGAAGGGACACCCCCCCCGCCGCCCCCCAAAACACCCCGCUUUGAAGGGUGGUCAUGAAUGAGGGCACUGUUUGCAUUUCUAAUUAAACGUUAAAUG